UGAAGCUGCGGCCCGUCCAUCUUUCUUAAAGGCAAGAGACUCCGUCUUCCACUUCCCAGACGGUCCGCAUCCCCCACUAAAGAAAGCGCCCGACGCGGCCAUUGUGUUUAGGGGCAAGUGGGACAAUGAGGCCAGAGAAGCCAGAGAGCGCCAUAUUUGAUAUGCCCAAGUAGUGGCGCUCUUACAAGCAACCAGUGACAAUGAAGCCAGGUUGUCGCCAUAUUUUCUGAAGGCACCUUCCGGGUCCCUUAACCCGGGUGUCUAUGUCCAAGCGGCCAUGAAGUGAAUAAACACUAAGGAGUUUCGUUUGUCCCUAUCAGAAUCCCCGAAUCCCUAGCUGCUCGUCCCUGCUACUUCGGUUCCCUCGACUGCAUUCGGACGCCAAGGCUGGGCGGGGCCCGGGCCUGGCAACCCUUCCUGUGGACGACGAAAGCUGAGGCCGGGAGCGGGGAGGCGGUGGUCCCAGGGACCAGGCGGCCGCUGCUCGCGGCUGGAAGGCCCCAUGGCGCCACCCCCAGCCCCACUUCUGGCGCCGAGACCCGGGGAGACCGGGCCUGGUUGCAGGAAGCCUGGGGCCGUGAGAUUCGCGGACGUGGCCGUGUACUUCUCUCCGGAGGAGUGGGGGUGUCUGCGGCCCGCGCAGAGGGCCCUUUACCGGGACGUGAUGCGGGAGACCUACGGCCACCUGGGCGCACUCGGAUUCCCGGGCCCCAAACCAGCCCUCAUCUCUUGGAUGGAACAGGAGAGCGAGGCUUGGAGCCCCGCCGCCCAGGAUCCUGAGGAGGGGGAGAGCCUGGGAGGAGCUCGGAGAGGAGACACCCCAAACAAGAAGGAAAAGGAACCCAAGGAAGGGCCAAGAGCUGAAGGACCUAGAAAGACCCCGGGAAAGGAGCAGCCUGAGGAGCAGGUUAAACACAACCCUGAGUGUUCUGUCAGCGGGGCUUCGGCAAGAGCACAGCCACCCACAAAAGCUGCCUGGGACCAGAUAGGAGGCGCGCAGCCCACUGUCUCCAUGCCUAGCAUGGAUACCCAGGCCAGCCAGCGGCGACACGUGUGUGCAGACUGCGGCCGCCGCUUCACCUACCCCUCGCUGCUGGUCAGUCACCGGCGCAUGCACUCCGGUGAGCGACCCUUCCCCUGUCCCGAGUGCGGCAUGCGCUUCAAGAGGAAGUUCGCUGUGGAAGCGCACCAAUGGAUCCACCGCUCCUGCUCUGGGGGGCGGCGGGGCCGGAGGCCUGGGAUCCGGGCUGUGCCUCGGGCCCCAGUCCGAGGUGACCGGGACCCACCUGUGCUGUUCCGGCACUACCCGGACAUCUUUGAGGAGUGCGGCUGAGCGGCUCAACGCGCUGGAGUUGAGCCUGACCUUGGCGCUAAGGACGGACUGACUGAGCCCUCAGGUAGGCUCCUGAGUCAGGGACCUGGGGACUGAAAUGCUUCCCUUGAGCUUUCCGCAAGGAUCCCUCAAGUUUCCAACUUGUAAAAAGAGAAGUGCCUGUAAAGAUUCCAAUAGAUUAAACUUGCUGCCCUCUCCCCAGUCUUUUGUAAAAAAAAA